AUGGCAAUUUCGGGAUUCAGCGAGUUUGAUUGGAAAAAGAGCGAAGAUCUCUUCUUCGCUCACUCUCAUUUCACCAAAACAUUUACGACAACGAAGCUGGGAGGAAACUAUUGCAGUGACGACAACGAAGCUGAGAGGAAACCAUUCCGCAAUGACGACAACGAAGCUGAGAGGAAACCAUUUCACAGUGACGACGUUGAUAAGGAAGAAUUAGGGUUUUAUACUUUGAGCACAUUGGUAGCUGAAGAAUUAGGGUUUUAUACUCACAAACUAGUUUCUAUUGCUAUGUAUUUGGAAAUAGGUAGUAAGGGUGAUAGUAAUAAUUCUGGUGACAAUGUUGGGGAUAUUGUUGGCAUGGGAUCCGAUCUAUUUGGUUCAUAUGCAGAGGCAUCUUGUGUUGCCCUUGUUGUUGCCUCCAUCUCUUCUUUUGGGAUCGAUCAUCAGUUCACUGCCAUGUUGUUCCCUCUCAUCAUCAGUUCUGUGGGCCUCCUUGUUUGUUUGCUCACCACCUUAUUUGCAACUGACUUUUUUGAUAUCAAGCUUGUAAAGGAAAUUGAGCCAGCAUUGAAAAAACAGCUUGUUAUUUCAACAGUAUUGAUGACUAUUGGAAUUGCAAUUGUUAGUUGGAUAGCACUCCCAUCUUCCUUCACCAGCUUCGAUUUUGGAGAGCAGAAAGUUGUCAAGAACUGGCAGCUAUUCUUGUGUGUGUCUGUUGGUCUUUGGGCAGGUCUUAUCAUUGGAUUUGUUACUGAAUACUAUACCAGUAAUGCAUACAGCCCUGUACAAGAUGUUGCUGAUUCCCGCAGGACUGGUGCUGCUACCAAUGUUAUCUUCGGCCUUGCCUUGGGAUACAAGUCUGUUAUCAUUCCAAUUUUUGCCAUUGCAAUUAGUAUUUCUGUUAGUUUCAGUUUUGCUGCCAUGUAUGGUGUUGUUGUUGCCGCUCUUGGAAUGUUGAGUACCAUAGCAAUUGGAUUAGCCAUUGAUGCAUACGGUCCAAUCAGUGACAAUGCCGGAGGUAUUGGUGAGAUGGCUGGAAUGAGUCACAGAAUCCGUAAGAGAACCGAUGCUCUUGAUGCUGCAGGAAACACAACUGUUGCCAUUGGAAAGGAAAUACUACAAUUUUAUUUGGAAAUAGGUAGUAAUGGUGAUAGUAAUAAUUCUGGUGACUUAGGCUUCUCUAAAUGGACACAAGGCAUACUUGGAAAACCAGGUAUAUGGAUUCAUCUUCAUUUGUCCUCAAGAAAUUUCUCACUUGCUGAACUAGCGCAGAUGAAGUAUAUACUCCCUGAAGGUAUAGAAAUUGAAAAGGUGGUUGUUAUUGAUAAGAAGAGCUUGUGUAUGAAGCCGGAUUUGAAGAUCACCUUGGUUUUUGACGUUGUAAAAGAUCACUCUGAACAGUCUGCUGAUAUAGCUCUUGGACAAUACUUCAAUUCCAGUCUGCUGAUAUAG